UAUCGAAUGCAGUCUAUAAUAAAAGCAAGUUGCGUCAAACGUAACGGUUAACGGUUUCAAUAGCGUGAAAGGUCGCACAUUUGUACAUGUACGUAUUGCAGACCUAAAUUUUCUGUGUCACUCUGGUUCAGAGAUGAAAUCUUAUACAAAUAAUAUUAUGUUCAUCUGCUUUUCCACGAAAGCAGUCAAGACAUAAGUAGCUGCACCUACCCUUUAGGACUGACAGUCUCUGCUAUCAGCGCGAGGGAAAAGAGCGGUACUGAGAGGGAAAAUUCUUGAAUCGUACAAUUUAUAUCCUCAAGAAAGAAAAGUAUACGUUCCCCUUACUUCUAUAGAGGUCUAGACACGUAGACGAUCUCCGUGCACUCAAAGAGAAACGAGAACUCUUGGAAAAAUGAACCAAACUUCUGGGACCCAGGCUUUCCCUUAUCAGCAACCUGUUGGCCAGGUCCCUCCAGGUCAAUUCCAGCCCUUGUUUGUCCAGGCCCAGGCCUCUCCUGGACAGUAUGUUCAACAACCGGUUGGACAGGUUGGACAACCUCAGGUACAACCGGUUCAGCCAGCAGCAGCGCCAGCCGUGCCAAAGACUACUGCUUACUGGCAAAGUGCCUUGAUUGCAGAGAGAGUGGUUGAGUUUCUUUUUCUGUCAGCUGCCUGGAUAUCGAUUGUUAGAUAUACCAAUGGAAGUGGAAUUACUAAUGGAAGAGUGAAUUUUUUUAAGGGAAUCACAGUGUUCUGCUGGAUCGUGUCCAUUGUGUUUCAAAUUGGGUUUGUUUUUGGCUUCAACCACAUCAAGCGCCUCUUUUCGCAACCAUCACUCUUGACAACUAUCGUAAGUUUUGAAUCUGACAGCGAUCUUCGCAGUAGUGCGCACAGUUAUCGUAAGUUUAUCGUUGGUGAAAAUAAAUUUAACAUUUGAGACCAUUUAACAGACUCGCAUGGCUGAGGAAGAGAGUCGCAAGAAUCAGCAGGGAGCAUUGAUACUCCUCUAAAAUAAAAUGACACCCUCCUUGUAUUUCAUCAGACUUUCCUCAAGAGUUUGUAUGCAAGACCAUGAAUAGGAAUGGAGGGUGAAGUAGAAAUCUCAUUUUUCAGCCUUGGUUUUGCCAAAAUCUAAUUUCGCAGCCAAUUUUUGGUCCAAAUCUUGCUCCAACUGCAUUUUUUGUACAUCCUUCACCUGGAACUCAGAUGAAAUUUAUAUUUUCAUUAAAAAACAAAUCAAAUGGCCGUUCGUCGUGUAACCACUACAGACCCAGCUCUGUACAUGCGCAUGAACUAGAGAUGAUUCAAAAUGGCCGAUUGCUAUGAGAGGGUAGAGAAAUUUGACAGAAUUACUGACAGGAGCCACAUCACACUUUGUGUGCGUCUUGAAAAUUUAUCAUAAAUGUUUUUGUGUUCAUCAUUCGCAAUUCAUUUUGGUGUUCUCCAACUUUGAUAAAUCUUGUUCCUUACUCGUUUAUCGUCGGGACUUGCCUACCCCUGACAAGGGAUUAUUCAACAGUUUGAACCAAACUGCCCCAACGAACCUCCUCUCCCUUCCCCCAAAAAUACUUAUAGGAUUACAAUUAUAAUGACAUUGAAAAUGAUGACAAUGACUGUGACUAUGAUUAUGACGAUGACAAUGAUGA